AUGACAGACAGGGUCUUUGCGAUAUUUGACAUGGCUGUUAAUAACCAAGAAUCCACCAAGGCGUUGAGGGAACUUGACGAAGUCAAGUUCUUCAACGACCUCCAGGACUGCCUUACCUUGAGGCCUAACCCAGAUAAACGGGGUUAUGGACUCGUUCAUUCCACACACCUCAUCGCACUUUACGACGCAGGAUACUACGCCUAUCUAAGCGCCCAAGCAUUCGCGGCGGACUUUUUCGAGACGUGCUUCGCCCGGGACCCUCGCAGUCCGGAGGCGUGGGACCGGUACCGGCGACAGAUCCUGGAGUGCGGCGGCAGCAGGAACGCGAUGGAGAUGAUGACGGAGUUCCUCGGCCGGGAACCUGGCCCGGGUGCCCUGCUGCAGAGUCUUGGCUCAACGAAGGAAGACAGAAAACCUCUGGGGGGUUGA